AUGCGGAACCGCUUGUGGAUCGCGUGCCUCGUGGCCCCCGCCUUGUCGACCAGAUCCGUGUGGCACGGCGAGCUUGUCCGCAGGGCAGUUGACGAGGCUCAUCAGCAGGAGCUGUUGAUCGCAUCGAGAAACGCAGCUGGAUACCCGGCGACGCCGCUGCAAUGCUUCCAAGUUGCCAGUCCUGUGCUGGCGCCCGACGGCCUGGUGGACGGGAACAAGAACCUGGGCAACCCGAGGCCAAGGCAACCCGAAUCCUGCACCGUGACGUUGAUGGAUCACGUAUUUGCCAAUAGCUACGGCCACCCUUUCGUGGCCGACUAUGCACCGCCCUCACCCGCAACCUGCCGCGUUGCCAGCCAUUACAACAGAGUCAUUCUCAACCUGACCGUCGUCUCCGAGGGCCGCCAGUUUGAUCGCCUGGCCACGAUGUGGCUGGGCGACGCCGAGGUAUGGCGCAUGUCGACCGCGGAACCCAAGGCUCACCCGGGCAUCGCCUGGACGUACUGGAAGGACAUGACCAACUACCUGGCCCUGUGGAGGCAGCCGCAAAAGCUCAUUUUCGAUCUCGGAAACCUCAUCAACCACAAGUACACGGGGUCGUUCAACGCCACCCUCGCGGCCACCUACAUCCGCGACGAGGACCUGUCCGGCGCCGCGGGCCGUCCAGCAGACCACGUGCUGCCCAUCUCAGCUGGCAGAGGAAGCAGCAGCAGCCAGGGCAGCGCGUGGACAUACCCGGAGCAAAAGGCCGAAGCGUCGGUGCUGCUGCCGCGCAACACGAGGCGCGCCGUCGCUUCCGUCGCCGCCACCGGCCAGGCGGACGAGGAGUUUUGGUGGACCAACGUCCCCGAGAGCGGCGUCGACACGUUCAACGGCACGACGCUGCUCGGCAAGGGGUCCUUUCGCGAGGUCCGGCUGUUCAUUGACGGCCAGAUUGCGGGCCUGUCGUGGCCGUACCCGGUCGUCUUCACCGGGGGGGUCGCGCCGCCCCUGCACCGGCCCAUGGUCGGGCCGCAGGCCUUUGACCUGCGCGAGCACGAGAUUGACGUGACGCCGUGGCUCGGUGUCCUCUGCGACGGCAGCAGCCACGUCUUCAGCCUCGAGGUGGUCGGGCAGGACGACCUGGUGGCCAACAAGUACUGGGUGCUCUCGGGCAAGAUCUUUGUCUGGCUGGACGACGGCCCGGGCCACGUCACGAGCGGCCGGCCCCCCCGGGUGCUUGUCAGCGCGCCCGACUACGAGCCGCGCGUGGUGCAGGUCGCCAACUCGUCGCUUUCGUACCGCCAGACCACCCGGCGCGUGCUGCAGGCAGAGUCGCGGAUCACGAGGAGCAACGGCCGGGCGGUCACGGCGUCCUGGACGCAGGAGUUCGCCGUGGACGCCCGGGGCUCCCUGGCUGACUCUGGCGACACCCAGAACGUCACGGCGUCGUACAGGGGCGCGGACAGGGCGCUGGAGGACGGGUCGACGGUCUACCACGCGGCGUACUCGUACCCCACGCUGGCGAGGGUGAAGCAGACGGCGCCGGACGGCCGGUACAGCCUCACGGUGCGCGCCGACCUGACGCAAGGGAUGGACAUGACGGUGCUGGGACGGACGGCCUUUCCCAACGGGCUGGAGCCGUUUGCCCCGCUGCUGCCGGUCGGGGCCGACGGAUCCAGCCUGGCGACCAGCAAGACGAGCAGCGCCUUCUACUGGCAAACGGAGGGCGGCAACCAGACGGGCGGGCACGGCAGCAGCCACCAGCGCUACAGGCUCGCGUACAAGCAGCUGGCGGGCAGGCAGGGCUGGAGCGUUGCCGACGACGACGACGACGACGACGACAGCAAGGUAGUGUACCGGCGAGACGUCAGCGUGGUCAACGAGACGACGACGCACGACAGCGUAUGGGUUUGGGGAGCGAAGCGGCCGGUGGUGGAGGUUGCGCGCCCGCCGGCGGCGCAGGGCGACUCUCCCAACGGGUUCGCGGUGAGGAUCAUGGGGGGCAAGGGGCGCAAGGGGCGCGAGCCGGGACAUGCGAGCGCCGCUGGGGACCACGCAAACGGGUGGUCGGCGGCCGCGGAUCCCAGCAAAGAGCUGUAG